AUGGAAUCCACCGGUCAAGCUGCACUGCAGCCUGGUGGCUUAGCUAGUCGCCGCGAUCUUGAAGGUUGUGUAGCGCUUGUGACUGGAGCCACCAGCGGCUUAGGUCUGGAGGCCGCGGCUCAGCUUGCGGAGCGCGGCGCCAAGGUCAUUUUCGGAGUGCGAAAUCCCGCCAAGGCGGAGCGGGUUGUGGCAGCCAUCCGGAAGAGGUACCCGGCCGACGCCGCCGCGGCCCUGGAUUUCGUACUGCCGCCUGCCGUACCUCCUCUGGACGUAUCCGACCCCGCCUCCAUCACGCGCUUCGCCCGGGCCCUCCUGUCCGACACCGCCACCCCCAUCAACGUCCUUGUCAACAAUGCUGGGACGAGCAUGCUGGCCGGGCCUUCAGUGGACGAGCGCGGCAUCAACAGACUCGUUCAGGUCAAUUACCUGGGCGCCUACCAUCUCACUCGACUUUUGGAAGCCAAGUUGGUAGCUAGCGGCUCCCGCGUGGUGUGCGUAUCCUCCGUAACCCACCGCUGCUACGAGGUGCCCACUGACCCACGGGUCUUCCUGCACAGCACCUCCAGAAUGACCUACGCCUGGACAAAGGUGGCCAACGUGCUCUUCGCGUACGAGCUGCAACGGCGAUUGGGUCCGCUCGGCGUCCAGUCGUGCGCAGUCGACCCCGGCGGCGUCCGUACAUCGAUCUGGGACGAGGUGCCGGCGCUGGCCCAUCCCCCGGCCAAGUGGGUCAUUGAGGCGCUCUACGCGCCGCCCGCUGACGGCGCGGAGGUGCUGGUGGCCGCGGCCACUUUGCCCUGGGAGAGGGACCGCGUACCCCACGUGCUAUCGCCAGCCCAGGAUCUCCGCUACUACGCGCGCGGGGCGUUCACCAGCCCUCUCAUGACUCUGAUAGACGGCGCCUGGCGGGAUUGGUCCCAUGUGGUUAAGCCGGCGCUGUACGGCAGCUCUGUCGUACUUCACUCCCUUCUGGACUACCCCAUUCGGCACUUCUCCGGCGGCAGGAUGUUCAACCAGACCAUGGCAGUGCGCUCCGCACGGCAGACGUACGACAUGUACGUGGCGGCGGAGCUUUGGUCGUACAGUGAGAAGGUUACGGGACUGACGGAUUCUUGGCGGUCGCCGCCGCCGCCGCUGGCGGAGGCGGCUGCACAUGCGGUCCUGUCGGGUUCCGGAGCGAAUGUAGACAGUACGGCGGCCACCGAACACGACAAGGCCAAGACCGCGGAUCGCCCGCCCGCGGUCCCGCCGCUCCAGGGCCGCUCCAACACCACCUCCGCUACAGCUACCGCCGCCGCUGGCGGCAGCCCCCCGCCCGCGGCCUUGACCUCCAACCGCAAGCGGCCCGUGAUGUCGCCCAACAAGACAUCUGCGGCGGAUGUCCUUCAGCCGUUGGACAACCGACCGCUUGCUAUCGACGCGGCCGCCGUCGGGAGUCCUAAGUGCGACGCCGUCGGCGGUAUGUUCCCCGCCACGGCUGCCGGCGUGGAGAAUGCUGGAGGUGUUGGCGGCGGCGGCAGCAGCACCACCCGGCGCCGCCUAGUCGCCACACGCCGCGACUCCGACGCUGAGGAGGGCGGCGGCGGCGGCGGCGGCGGCGGCACCGCUGUCUCUGUCUCGGCAGCAGGCGACGCGGCGAUGCCCUUGGUUGCAUUGCCGCCGCCGCCGGAGACGCUGCAGCACGUGGCGGAGGAGCAUGGUGUCGUACUGCCGGGACAGUCGGCAGUGCAGAACGCCGGCGCCGGCGCCAGUGCGAGCGUCAUCGGCGGUGACGUGCUGAUUGCGGUGCCUAGCUUUGAGGGCGACGGGCCGACGGCGGGCACGCCGGCGCCGCCGCCGCACAAACGCCUGCAUACGCAGUCUCCGGUGGUCAGCCUGCAAGACGAGACCGAUGUUGCCGCGGGCGAUACGGCUGUCGUACCAGUAGGUAGCGUCAAGGUGGGCGGCACCGAUGGCGUCGGCGAACGUCGAGGUGCCGGUGCCGACGCCGGCGGCAUCGCUGGCAGCGGCGAGGUGCCGGCACCGGCCACAGUCGUUGGCCUGGGCGAGGAUGCCGCCGUGGCUGCGGCGGCGGUGGCGGCGGCUGUUACCCCGACGGCUGGCGUGAGGGCGGGCGGCAAGCAGGCUAUCUCGAAUGCGGUUUCGGGGCCGCGGAGCUCGGAGGUGAAGGGCCUUGCCGCUGCGACAAUGGUUAGCAGCAAUGGUGGUGCUCACGGAAACAUCGCAACGCCGGGCCGCACGAGCGCAAGUGGCAGUGAUGGCGGCGGAAGCAGCAGCGCAGGCAAGGGCAAGAACAAGGGCGGUAAACAAAAGGGCAAGCGCCACUAG